AUGAGACUGUCGUUGGUCACGCUCGUAUUUGCCGUUGGGGUCUGGCAAACCGCAGCCGACACCUGUGAUGUACAAGGGUACGCUAAGCGCGAUGGCGUUCCCGAUAUGAGCGGAUUGCCAAAAGUUGUAAGUUAAUAAUACAGUGGGGGGCCUGAUCCAGUGGCAAAAAAUGGAUCUUUUGCAUCCGGGUAGUAUCAAAAAUGUGACAGAAUGCUUCCCUCACCAAGUGAAAAAACCUUGUUUUGAAGGGCCCUCACAAAAAGAGCGGACGCGCUUUUGAAAUCUGAGUUUUUCACUUGGAGAAGGUGGUAUUUUGCCACAUUUUUUGACGCUUCUGGGAUGCAAAAUGGUAUGUUUUUUGCCACUGGAUCAGAUCCCUUAAUGUGAGCCGCACCCAAAGCUUCAAUUUGAACGUAUUUGUAAAUUCAAUAGAUUAACCUGUAGAACCAAACCUGUCGAUAGCGAAAAAUUUCAAGAGCCUCAGGCGAAAAUAGUACACUAAAAUUAACUUUUAUACCACGAAGCCUCAAUUGUAAAAUGGCUUGAUUAUGCAUAUAACACUUCAAGGUUUCUUUGGGUCUUUUCUGUCUAUAUGUAAUCGUAAGUCUUGUUUUAGCGCGUCGACUUGAUAGACGUUGGCCUUUUGUAUGACACAACUUGCGGUACCACAACGGCCGACAAGACGGGAUACUUUCAUAUUGUAUGUUCGCCUACCUUCCUUCGAUGGGAUGCAAAGCAGGAAUUGCGAGUGUAAGUGUAUCGCCAACAAAAAAAACAAUUUAGUUACCAACGUUUCGACAACGGCCAAGGUUGCAGAAGGAUGGUCUAUAAGGGAACCAACUAUAUUGGACGAGUAGAGGCGCACGGCAACUACCCAAUUCAUAAUGAUGACGAAAGUGCAAACGAUGACAUGUGCCCUUACGAAAUUUACGAUUAA